UAUUGUCAUGCAACUGGUGACCAUCCCAUAAUUAACGUCUCGUGUUGAGCAAACAGUUGCAUAACACGCACGCUAACAUGGCUGAUUUGCAGCAGUUCUUCGAAGCCAGUUCUUUAUGGUUAGCCUUGAUCGCCGGAAUAUUAGUGUUUCUGUAUUGGCAAGGUCUGUAUCGCUACAACGCGAUCCUCGGAGGAUCACCUCUGCCCGGUCCAAAACCGUGGCCGUGGGUCGGCAAUCUUUUCGAUGUAUUCAAAUAUGACGGGAUACAUAAGAUGCUAUUGGAGUACUUCUACAAGUAUGGCCGAGUAUACAAGAUCUGUAUGGGAAGAACACCAGCGAUUGUUGUCUGCGACCCCGAAAUUGUCAAACAGAUUAUGGUGAAAGAGUUCUCGAAGUUCCCAAAUCGGCCCCCGUUCGUAAAGCCCAACCCACCGUUCGACUCUGGGCUCGUCAUCGCGCGCGAUGAGUCGUGGAAACGAAUUCGAACGACAUUGACGCCGACCUUCACCGCCGCGAAACUGAAACAGAUAGUGCCACUGAUUGAGAACGCAUCUGAUGCACUGAUGAGCAAAAUGCAAAAAUUCGCCGAAACGGGUGAAAGCGCAGAUGCCGCCAACCUCUUCAGUUUGUUUGCCUUGGACGUCAUCAUGAGGGCCGCAUUCGGCAUGGAAACUAAUCUCCAGACAAAGCCCGAUCCAGAGUUUGUGGACAAGGCCAGAAAAGUUUUCCAAACACCUCUGUGGAUCCGAUUCUUUUCCAUGUUUCCCUUUUGGGAAUACUUUAGCAAGUAUGUGAGUCUCCUUCAGAACGCCGACUACUUCUUGGGUCUGGCCAGGAGGAUCCUUGAACAACGGCAGCAGCAAGAUCAUUCAGGCAACAGAGAUCUGGUUCAGCUAAUGUUGGAAGCACACGAGGAGACUGUCCACGGCGUCAGUAAGCUUAGCGACGAUGAAGUCACAGCUCAAUCCGUGACGUUUCUCAUCGCCGGUUUCGAAACGACUGGUAACACCUUAUGUAGCACAGCAUACUUUUUGGCCACCUACCCAGAAGUGCAAGAUCGCAUCAUCCAGGAAGUCGACGAGGCUCUUGACUCCAGCGGUAGUAAGCCCCUCUAUGAUGUCGUGCAAAAGAUGCCGUACCUGGAUCAGGUCAUCUCGGAGGUCCUACGCCUCUGCGGUCCCGCAUUUAGCCUCAUCCGUGGCUGCGAAGAAGAGGCUGUCAUCAAGGGGGUCCGGUUCCCGAAGGGGAUUGAUGUCAACAUCCCUGCGUAUGUUCUACAUCGGGACCCCGAGGUCUGGGAGAACCCCCACGAGUUCAACCCAGAUAAUUUCUCUCCUGAGGCUAAGGAGAGGCGAAACCCUUAUUCCUAUCUGCCGUUUGGAACAGGCCCGCGUCAGUGCAUCGGUAUGCGGUUCGCUCUGCUGGAGAUUAAGCUUGGUUUGCUGGAAAUCCUGCGACGGUUCAAGUUUGAACGCGCUCCUGAAACCGUGACCACACUGGAACACAGGGCUGUGGCACUGAUGGCACCCAAAGACACCAUCUACGUGAAGAUAAAAGCUCGUUGAACCGCUAACUGACAAUCUACAUGCCAGCUGUGGUCUUUACCACGCUUCCAAAGAAACUGUUUUCACGAGGUCUUUCUUGUGUACGGAAAGACGGAGUGGUGAGCCCUCGUAUUAAAUGGCAGGGGACGGAGCUUAUCACUCUUGCAACUUUCUGCUAUUCGUUAUUUACAAUUUCUAUAUUCUUGCUAUAUCGUACCAAUGAUUAUAAUCUCAAAUCCUAGAAACAACCAUUUUAACCACAAUCAGAUUGUACAUUUAUUGGCAAAUAAUAAAAACAUUUUAAAAUCGUCACGUUGUUCUACUAAGUGUACUGCGUCACGAUGUAAAAUAUCGAAGUCAGUCGAUCAAUCACUUAACUGAUUAAUUGAUCGGCAAAUGGAAACUAAUUAAUCAGUUAGUUAGGCCCGGUUUAAACGUCGCCUUUUUCAUGCACCGAAUCUAAUUGCUGCAUUAAGUGCAUGCAAAAUGCGACGUUUAAAUCAAUUAAAUGCGACAUAUUUCAAGUAACUGCGAGUUCAGUCGAAUAUUCGACUGAAGUUCGACAGUUGAUUUAAACGCCGCAUUUUACAUGUGCCGAAUCUAAUUCAUCAAUUGUGUUAAAUUAUAUUUUACCCAUAACUCCACAGUUUUGUGCUGCAUGACAUGCGCGCAACAAGCUGAAGGGAAUUGUUAGCGGCACUUGCAGCAGGGGAUGUAUCAUGUAGAAGGAAGGCUGUUGAAGAUGCCAGUAUGUGUGGUUCUUGCCUCGCUCCGAUCGUGUAAUGUAGUUAUGCAAAACCAAUUAAGCUUCAGUUUCGUCCUUCAAGCAAAAACCGCUCUGUGUUACAUGACAUGCAUACGGAGUAGGAAAGCAAUAUGGCGACUGUUGAGUAUAAUAGUGUGUGCGGUGGUUCUUACUUCUCUUCAGCAAAGUUAUGUAGAAGAUGGAGAACGAAGUCUAUGAACUUGAAUUUGAACAGGAGAGUGAAACGAAAAUCAGAGUUUCAGAGGUAACGCACUGCCAUCUGCAUUAUAAAUCGCCCCAUUCUGUUUACUCGAACGGUGUUUGAAAGGUAUGAAUGAUCUUAACGCAAAAUAUGCUCCUUAUCAUUGUCAGCCGCAUUGGUCGGAAACUUGGAGCGGAGUCAGCUGGAAAUGAACAAGUCGCUCGCGCUCAGCAAUUUUAUUCGGCAAAAAAAAUGCGACGUUUAAAUCAAAUCAGCCGAACUUAUUCAUUCGAGUCGACUAAAAUUAAUAUUUGAUUCGGCGCAUGUAAAAUGCGACGUUCAAACCGGGCCUUAGUCGGUUGGUCGGUCGGAUGGCUUCGCGAUCAGUCGGUCAAUCGGUCGGUCAGUCAGCUGGUCGACGGUCGUUCAGUCAGUCGGUCGGUGGUCGGUCAUUCAGGCAAAGCAGGCGAAACCAUUCCCUUUGCUUUAGUCUUAAUCAAACACUUAUCCUAAAAAAUGGGCUAGGCUUAAUCUUUAUCCAACAACUCCCUCGUAAUUACCAUAGACGGGCCAAAUCGAAACACGAUAUUGUUCCCUUAAUGACCAGCAAAUCAUGCAACAACAACAAAAACAACAAUUCCAACAACAUUUAUUUAUCAUGCCAAAAAAGAAAAGAAAACAAACGAAAGACAAAAAUGACAAAAAGAACGUAAGACACUGAGCAAUGAAAAAAAGGGCGUAAGAAAAGGCGCAGCUUCUCAUUUUAAGGUCGGCCCAUACAGGGAUAUACAAAGCGGGGACAACGCCUUGGUGUGUACCCAUAGCACGCAUACUGCAGGAAAAGUACUCGAGCUGGUGGACACGUAACGGAUAUUGCUAUGUUGUAACGGGCACAGUUUGUGAAUCUACACCAGAUGAAUUUUAUGCAGCAUGUGUCGGGGACAAAAUGUUUUCACCACAACAGAACUUUUUUUAUACAUACGGGCAUUUCAUUCGACGAAAACUGUUGCUGCAACAUGUCCCCGCCUCAUGUCCCCGCAAAAUGCCCCCCUUGGUUUGCGAUUGGUCAACAAAGAAUAAUUCAUGGCAAAAGCAGUAGAUUCUCUGAUUGAACGGUUUUAGUUAGAGAUCGACCGGUGGAUAUCUUUGAGAAUGAAACUGUCUCAUUCCGUUGAAUUAGUGAAAAUAUUAGUUAAGAAUCUAGCCAAUGAAAUCAUGUGUCUCCAUGCUUUAGAGUCGCUUUUUAUCUCAUGCCAAGGCCCCCACCAGUUAACAGGGACGGGCGGCUCUAGGGACAAGAAUGCCCAAAAGCACUUGACGCGACUGAAACACUCUAGAGGGUUCUAGAUAUUGCUACUGAUUGCUAGUGAGCAUGAAUACAGUUUUAUUUCUUCUCACUUCCUUUCCUCACAUUACACUGACUAAUCUGAGAGACAAAACCGUUCGUUUUCCUACUGUACACGUAAUUUAACACAGCAUUGCGCAACCUGUGAUCGUUUCUGACGUUAUCUGUGCCACUUGGCAUGCGUCACAAACUCUCUUCACCACCGGUCAGUAGUACUAAAUCGAGAAUUCGUGACGUCUGACUGUGCCGCAGGCUAGUGCCACCGCGCUAUUGACGUGCGUUAACGGUUGCC